AUGCCCGAAACCAACAACCCCGCCAAGGUCGCCACUCAGCUAGACGCUCUUGCUUCCAAGCACGAGCUCACCGUCGUCCGUCUGAGCGAGCCCAUCACCAGCGCCGUGGAGCAACUAGAAGCGGCCAUCGGCAACAACAACCCAGGCGGCACUACAGCACGUACAUCAGACAUCUCGACGGCGUCGCUCGACGCGCCGACGCCGGCGUCUCUCGAAGCAGACCUCACGCACUACAAGGAGCUAUUCGCCAAACUGCGCUUCAGCUAUGUGGAGCAAGUCACCAAGGAAAAGUUCAUCCGCGCCAUCGUCGGCGACCCGCCAUUAAUCGUGGACCCGGCCGAGAACGCAGAGCUGGAGGCGCUCAACGCCCAAGCCAAGGCGGAACUGAAAACACUCAAACGCCAAGUCGCGGAGCUCGUGGCCGAGCUGGAGCGCCAAGGUGCAGAACUGGCGCGCCAGCACAUGCGCGUCGGGCUCGAGAGGGUGCAGCUAGCUAAACUACCAGAUCAGAUGGCGCAGCUAGAGAAGGACGUGGCCACGCUGAGACAAGCGAGGCAGGAUCGCCAAGACAAGCAUGCCACGGACCCGGAGCUGCGGCUACCAAUAGGCAAGACGGCGGCACUCGCAGAGCAGCGCGAGGCAGAGGCACGAGACCUGGAGCGGCAGUUGGGGCAGCUGCGCGGGUCGGCGGCGCCGCGCAAGCGCAAGGAGGCGGAACGGCUGCGGGCGGAGCUGGCGCCGCUCGAGACCAUGCGACAGGCCUCGACUGCUGCGGCCCAAGAGGCGAAAAGAAGAAAGGAGGCGGCCUUACGAGGCGGCGAGGACCAUCUCGAGGAGCGCGGGAGGUGGUGGCGGACAUCAGAGACGCUGUUGAAGCAGAUGCUCGAUAUCAAAACCUGA